UCUUAAAAAGUUUGUAUAAUUACAAAAUCCAAGAAAAAAUUAAAAAAGACAAAAAAAAGUCUAUUCACAAAACAAAACGGAGUUCACUUUCUGGCAAAGCUUUCGCAUCACACUGCUCUUCCUCUCCAUCCCAUGUUCCAAACGGCAUUGGCUUCUCGUUGACCGAAAAAGCAAAUUCAGCAGAUCAGGCCAGCCAUGGCGGAAAUAUCCGAAGAGAUCCUCACCGAGAUCCUUCUCAGACUGCCCGUUAAACCCCUGGUCCGAUUCAAGUGCGUCAGCAAGCGAUGGCAUUCUAUGAUCUCGGACCCCCACUUCACCCUAUCCCAACUCCGAACGGCGAUGUUACGAAACACGAACUCCUGCGCUAGAGUCCUCCUCACGGGCGAGUUGCUUCACUCCAUAAGCAUCGAAUCCCUCAGCAGUUCCAAUGCCAAAGCUCCUCCGACUACGGUGUUAGAAUUACCGGUGAAGAGCUCGGGGAAGGAUUCCGAGAUUGCUGUUGUUGGCUCUUGUGAUGGCCUGGUCUGCUUGCUCAUAGAUUCCGAGAGUUUGGUGUUGUGGAAUCCUACCAUUGGGGAGUGUAGGGAGCUGCCGAGUUCCGAGUUUGCUCGGUCGGAUGUUGAUUUCUUCUAUGGACUUGGUUACGAUUCUAAGACUAAUGACUACAAGGUAGUCCGAGGCCAUUAUAUGGAGCCCGGAGGAAGAUCUAGUUCUAGUCACACUAGCAUCGAGAUCUUUUCCCGGAAUAUGGAUUCUUGGAGGAGGGUUCAAUACGAUGCCGUUGAGUUCAGAGGUACGGAUGUCGGAGCAUAUGCAGAUGGAUCUCUGCAUUGGCUGAGAGGAAACGAGUCAGAACCGGUUAACAAAAUUGUUUCAUUCGACUUGUCGGAGGAGAUGUUCCACGAGACAGUACCGAUGACUGGUAUUAAUGACUUCGAGAAACUGCCGUUGGAAGGGUUAUGUGUCAGUGGGGAAUGCCUGCUUGUGUAUAGGGGCUGUAAUUUUGGGGCCGAUUUUGAGGCUUGGAUGAUGAAAUGGGAGGGGAAAGAGUCAUCUUGGUCUAAGUUGUGCAGUGUUCCGAGGGAUGCGUUGCCCUUCACUAAGUAUUGGUUGAAUCCUAUCGACUUCACGGUGGACGGGAAAGUCCUGUUCAAUUCAGCUGGAUGGGAAUUGUGCUUAUAUGAUCAAAAGGAAAAUGCACUGAAGAGGUUCGACUUUGAAAACGACUGGGUGUUUGAUGGAUCUGCUACUUAUGUUGAGAGUCUCGUUUCACCUCAUGGCGGUUCAAAGAGGAGUUAAAUGCUUCGGGGAUGAAUGACCGAUUUGGGGUUUUCCUUUCCAUAUUCGUGCAUUAUCAUCAAUAAUCGCACCAACAAGUCAGGGGGGGCUCAAGGAGUAAGGAUAUCUUUAAAACUUAUUGUGCAGUAGGAGGAUAAUUUGAUAUGAGUAGCUAAACGAAAGGCAUACUGCAGGAGAAGUAAGAUUCUUGUAGCUUAUAAAUUUAGCUUGAUCGAGAUUACGCAAUCAAUGUCCAUAAGACAGUUGAUGUUUAUGUAAUGUUAUCACUAUCAUGAAAGACUAGACUUGCCCAUCUGCUCCAGAUUUCCGAGAAAACAUUUUGUAAUUUGGUUUUGCUCGAUGUUUCAGAUGCCUGUACUAAACCAGCAUCUUAAGAAGGAAGUAGAAGUGAAAGUAAUACGGGAAAUAGAAUUUGGCAUUUGUUGUGCGGACGAGCUA